AUGAGAGAAGUCAUCAACAUCCACCUAGGACAGUGCGGGACGCAGAUUGGAAACGCCUGCUGGGAACUCUUCUGUUUGGAGCACGGAAUUCAACCAGAUGGACAGAUGCCGUCUGAUAAAACAAUUGGUGGAGGUGAUGAUUCUUUCAUCACGUUCUUCAGUGAGACUGGAGCCGGGAAACACGUCCCUAGGGCAGUAUUCGUAGAUCUGGAACCCACAGUCGUAGAUGAAGUGAGGACGGGAACUUAUAGACAACUGUUCCACCCGGAGCAGCUGAUUUCAGGGAAGGAAGAUGCGGCCAACAACUACGCCCGAGGUCAUUACACUGUCGGCAAAGAAAUCGUGGACCUGGUACUGGACAGGAUCCGGAAACUGGCUGACCAGUGUUCUGGUCUACAGGGCUUCAUGACCUAUCACAGUUUUGGAGGCGGCACCGGGUCAGGCUUCACUUCUCUCUUAAUGGAGCGUCUUUCAGUUGACUACGGCAAGAAAUCCAAAUUAGAAGUUUCCGUCUAUCCAUGCCCACAAAUUAGCACAGCUGUGGUGGAGCCUUAUAACUCGAUCCUUGUAACACACACAACACUGGAGCACGCGGACUGCGCCUUCCUCGUAGACAACGAGGCACUGUACGAUAUUUGUCGGCGGAACCUGGACAUCGAGCGUCCAACAUACACCAACCUCAACCGUCUCAUUGGCCAGACCGUCUCCUCUUUGACCGCUUCCCUCAGGUUCGAUGGCGCGGUAAACGUUGACCUUACCGAAUUUCAAACCAAUCUGGUACCCUAUCCUCGCAUUCAUUUCCCGCUGAUUGUGUUAGCGCCGGUCAUAUCGGCAGAGAAAGCGUAUCACGAACAGAUAACAGUAGCCGAAAUCACCUACGCUUGUUUCGAGCCGGCGAACCAGAUGGUCAAAUGUGACCCCCGGCACGGCAAAUACAUGGCAUGUUGUCUGCUGUAUCGUGGCGACGUGGUGCCCAAGGAUGUCAAUGCUGCCAUCGCCACAAUCAAGACCAAGAGGACCAUUCAGUUCGUGGACUGGUGCCCGACGGGGUUCAAGGUGGGCAUCAACUAUCAGCCGCCAACUGUUGUCCCCGGUGGUGAUCUGGCUAAAGUGCAGAGGUCAGUGUGUAUGAUGGCCAACACAACAGCUAUCGCGGAAGCCUGGGCACGACUGGACCACAAGUUUGACCUGUUGUAUGCUAAGAGAGCAUUCGUUCAUUGGUACGUGGGCGAGGGCAUGGAGGAGGGCGAGUUCUCAGAAGCACGCGAGGAUCUGGCUGCCCUAGAGAAGGACUACGAAGAAGUUGGUCUUGACUCUGUGGAAGCAGAGGGCGAGGAAGGCGGGGAGGAAUUCUAA